AUUUGUACACCUCGUUUAUCGUCGAGUGCGUAGUGAAAUGUGUUGAAAUUAUAAAUAUUUAGAUUGUUUAGUUUCAAUGAGAACUGCUCCAGUCUCUCACGAUCCUAGGACUCAUUGUAUAAACGGUUAAAAUGACAGAAGAUAAAUCAAGUGCAGAGGACUGUUGGACGCCAUACAAGGAGCUCCAGAAUAUCGUGGAGCAAUAUGUUUUGUUAUCAUCCAGCACUCAAGAUCCUCAGUACCAUGAGUUCAUGGAGACACUCAGAAAUCAUCGUCAGAAUUUCUUGACACUCAUAAAAAAUCCGCCAAAAAAUGCAAAAAGUCGAGCAGAAAUCGAGAAAGGAAUAUCGGAAGGUGUGAUCCUCCCAGGUCUCGGUCACCGGGUCCUUCCCAAGGACCUAGUGGACGAAACAAUAAUAAUCUCCAACAUGUACGACCUGAAUGAGUUCAUGGCCCUGGACUUACUGUGCACCGCCCAGCUGCAGAUGCCCUACCAUCCCGGACUGACCCGAGGUUUAACGGCAAUUCUUCUAUACUACGACGGUCGCAAGGCCCUGACGUCAGCUCUCCGAACCCUCGUCUACGCUAGGAUAGGUCAUAGCUGGGUCUUGGACACGCCCAUCACCCUCACCAAGAAGAUAACCGAGUACACCAACAAGAUGCAAGAGGACGGACUAUUGGACCGAAUCCUCUCGCUUUUGGAGGAGCUCGAUCCCACUCAAGAACAGGAACUCCUCCAACAGAAUCGAGCUCUGGGGGGUCCCAAGCAUCAUCAGAUGGUGAUGAAGCUAUACAACGAUACGAGACAGGACCUCGCAGACAUCCUUUACCUGUGGUCAGCCCAGUCGUCUCUCCCCAUGCCCAUCACUCACCGACUGAUUGCUCUUCUCCAACGAAAACAACCGGAGUCAGAAUCAGGCACUGGUGGCCCUGACAAGGUCACCCUGGCCCUGAUAAUGGCCCUGCUGAACACGCUGAACCUCAGUGCCCUCCACAGCCGCGAGGACGGUGAGGAGAUCAUAAAAACGAUGUCGAUAAUUUCCCAACGAGGUGCGAUUGAGGAACUCAUCCAAGAAUUAAUGAACAAUAAUGCGAAUUGGGAGUGCCAGGGGCUCCGUGGCCUCGUCCAAUUCGCCCUGGCUCUUGCCGUCACCACCAUUAAAUCAGCAUCCAACCUCGCCAGCCAGAACAUCACGAAUGAAGACGAAAUCCUCGUGGAGGCAGCCCUCUCCAAUCGAGUCUUCCAUUUUCUCUCGAAUGUCAUCUUCAGGAGUGAAGAUCUCCACAACGAGGAGUUCUACGUUCGUUACUUCCACACAUUCAUUUCAGACUUUAUCACUCUGAUGCCGCUGAAGAUCAAAGAACUGAGAAGUCGAGCGGACGAGUCCAUGAGAUUCAUUGAGGCCUAUCAGAGGGAGGGAGUGGAGCCACCGGGGAACCUGGACGAUCAUUUCGAGUAUCUCAUGCUGGUGAUUGCUGAGCUGUACCAUCAGGACCCACUCAAUCUCAACCUGGUGGUGGAUUACUGGUGUCAGGAGACAGAGAGGGCUCAUGUGUCCUCUGUACAUGUGAGCAGAGUGCCCUCGAGGCAAGUCGCCCUCUUCAAGUUUGUUAGACUAGCUGGAGAGAUUCUACCAGCUGGCCUCUUGGUGCCUUACCUCAGGAUGAUAGCGGCACUCGCAUCAUCUCCACAAGCAGCAAGACACGCCUUCAACUUCCUCAAGCCAAAUGGCUCAACAGGAUCGACAAUCUCCUGGGACCACUUCUUCAAUUCCCUGUGCCUAUACUACUACAAUCUUCGUCAAGAAUUGCCACCGAGUCAAGACACCAUUUAUCGUCAGCGAAGUCACCCCAAAGGUAUCACUCCCCAAGAAGUUAAACGACUUGAGGCGGUUUUAAAUGUGGUCCAGGUGGUGGCUAAGUACGACGAGAUGUCGAGAAUAGCCAUCUGCGAUCAUCCAGGCUGGAAGGUUCUCCCUCUGCUGAUUGGACUCGUCGGAUGUGCCAUGCCGAUUCCUCUCAAGGGGGUCCUCAUUCGCACUCUGGCAGUUCUGUCAAAGUCCCCAGAGAGUUCGUCCAGUAUUUGGCAGAGUCUCGAAGCUGCUCAGAUCCUCUGUACAAUCCCGACGACCAGCAGUUAUCAGCCUCGAGGUGUCCAAACAGAGCUCGAAGAGAUUGAAUCCAGAAACGAGGAAUAUCCACUGACACGAGCGAUGCUGGAGCUGUUGGAUGCUUUGACGGACUACCCCAUCCCCAGGCUCCUAGGGGCCAGCCAACGAAACCCUGGGUUCGAUCCCUAUCUCCACUUCAUCAUCAACACCGUAUUUCUUCGUUUCAAUACGAGAUCCUACAAGAAUCCGGCGGAGAAGUGGCAGGUAGCUGACGCCUGUCUGAAAAUAUUCUACAAAUUAAUUUCCCAUUAUGAGCCAAAGGUGGAAGAUUUUGCUGGUUGCAAGGUAGAGCUUCAGGGUGGCGAGUCAGUCUCUGUUAAUCCCAAGCCUGGCUAUCACAUAAUGACGCAGUUAAAUUCAAACUCAGAGCUGCUCAAUGUCAUUCUAUACAUUCUGGACGAGGGGAGACAUCAUCUGGAGACGUACGAGGUCCUUCCUGGGAAGGUUCACCUGGAGAACAGUACGUUAAACUGCCUGAGGAUUUUGGAACGGGGACUGAGGAUUGAGUAUCCUUACAUGCAGAUGCAAUCAGCUGUCACGACGUCCUCCAGCAAACUGAGGACCAACUUAUCCAGGCUUCUACUGGGUGUCAAUUCCAGGACUGGAGAGCCGGAUCACAUGAUCAAUGUCGCUAUGUACGUGUCCUACAACAACUGGCUUCGGAGGCACGCGUUCGUGGCGAUAGGGGUUAUCCAAGGGGUUGCAAACGAGCCUGGAGCUGAUUCCGAGCUUCUCUCGACGUUCACGUUGAUUCCAUCGCUCGCUCUCACGAUUAGACACGGAUUUGUCGAGUGUUUGGACUCUGAUGUUGAUCAGAACCAGGAGUCUGAUGAGGAUGGACCCGUUGGCAACAGCAAGGAGAGGAUCCUACUGCUGUUGAUGCAGAGCAUUAACAGACCUGCGCCGAAUUUGGCGCAUUAUCUUCUGGGUUUUGAUAUCACGAAGGAUAUCAGGAAGACUGUGAUACAACAGCCUGGAAUUAGGGACUUUCCCAGGACGUGUCUCCACUCGAUUCUUGGGAUUCUGGAACAAUCACUGGAGAAGGGCCGGGACAAGAUCACAGAGGCGUGCUACUGGUUCCUCCAUACUUUAGCUUCCAACAACAAAACUUCAGUUCCUGUUCUAAGAUUCCUCAGGACAGCCACCAAUCAGGACUUCAUCCAGAGACAUUUGUCUAAGCUACCUUUUCAGGGUGAUAACCGAGCCACUGAGUUGGCCUGCAUGUCUUGGCUACUGAAAUUAGUCUCUGUUGAGCUUCGUGUGGCUGGUGGAAGUCUUCAGCACAGUCUCGUUCAGCGGCUCGUGGGCAAUCCCAAUCAGGACCGAGAGCAGAUUCUUCCCUCUCAGAAGCUCCUCAUGGAUCUCCUCCAUUACAUCGACUUCCAACUGCAGCUGGAGCCUACGAAAACUUGGGAGUUCUUCGAUCCUUCCCAGGUGGAGAUGGUCCUGGGGAAGUGCAGUGGGCCAGUGAUGCCUCACGGUGGUCCACAGCUAAUUGACAUUAGGAAGCUUCACUCUCUGAUCAUUGAGGAGCUGGCCGUUACUCAGAGCAGUGCGACAGCUACUCAGCGGAAGCUCAUGCAGCAGGAGCUCCAAUCAAUCCUUGCGUACGCCUUGAAGAGGAACCAGACGAAGACACUGUCUUAUGCAACAGUUAAGUUUGUUGAGGGCUGGUGCCAGGCCACUGAGAUUCUCUUCUCCAUUGCCACUAAUCAGCAGCUUCCUGCCAGUCAGAGGCAGAGCCUGCUCCUUAAUCUUUCCCAUGAUCUCCUCCAGAAGAUGACGUCCUGCGAAGCACUCAACGAAAUCAAGACCCUUGUCUCCGGAACUGUUCUGAUACUGCUUGUUAAUCUCAAGAACACUUUUGCCACCAAUGAGACGUCCACGUCUCCCUCCUACACGACAACGAUCAAGAUUAUUCUGGGGCACAUUCUCCAGUGGCUACUGAACUCUGGUGCCUCCUCCCAAAAAGUACGCACUCAUCUCUACGGGGCACUUCUCAAUUUCCUCUGCGUAGUGGGUCUGGAGAAGUCGGAGCGCCCUGGAGUCUCCUCUGAUACCACUUAUGUGAGCCAGUUGGACAGCUCGUUGUAUAGAACACUUCCGAUGCACGAGAAGUCGCACAGAUAUGCUACGAUCCAGGUUAUCAAUGGAUUUGGGGAGAAACUGAUGGACAUCGUGUGCCACAACUGCUCGGGAGGACAUGAUGUCUGCAAAAUGCUGGCCCUAUCCUGUUUGGACAAAAUUCUGGAGCUGGACUUUGACAAUUCUUGGAUUAUUUAUCUCUCUUCCAGAGGCUACUUGAAGCACAUGAUUGACAGCCUUCUAGAGUCCGAUCCAUUAUUGAGGAGCAUGCUGCAGCCUGAUCCCAGUACUUUGAGGCCUCUUUAUCUUUAUGAGGCGAAAAUGGCGACUUUCUGCAGAAUGGCUUCGACGAGAUUAGGGGCUGAAAAUCUCCUUGAAAAUAAAAUUCUCUCCUGCCUCUCGGGGAUGUGUGUCUUCGAUCAGCAUCCCGAUGUCCACAUUGGCUUCGAUGCCAGUGAAGUGUCCUUCCUCCCAUCAAUUGGCCAGCGCUAUCAGCAGAUGUUCCUACCAGCCCUGUACCUCUGCGACGCUCUCCUCACAACACUAGGCACUGAGAACCAAUCGUGUGCCGUACAAGUGUGUGGCUUCCUCCAGAGUCACCGUGAUACCGUUGAAAUGGUUCUGAGGAAUGUUAUACCUCGUGCCAAUGCACUAUUCUUGAAGGAAGUUGCUUGCCUCACUGGGGUCAUAGCUAGGUCAGCUAAUAUUGAUAUGUAUCAACUUGUGGAGGACGAAUUGGGAAAGGAUGUAAUCACUGAUCUGUCUCUGUUGGAUAACACGGGAAUGAGGGAACUUCGGGCACAUCUGUAUCGUCUCCAGAAGCUGAUUGUCUCACUUCUUCCAAAAUUCAUACCACAGCCCAUCAACAUGUACUCCAAUAAUCGUGAAGAGGACGCUGAGCACUAUGCAUGUGUCCAAAUCACUGCUAAUGUUCUUCUGUACGCCAGAAAUCAAAUGCAGCACACGCACAUGGACCAGAAGAUCCGAAAUCUUCUGUUCGAGCCUUAUCUGGGGAAAAGUGGAGGGAAAAGAGACACAAGUGGUGUCAAUCUGGGGGCUCUGGUCGAUCUCCUUGUUUCAUCAACGAAUUUGUUGCACUCUGAGAUCCCUCUGCUUGAUACCCUCAUCAAGAGGGCUGAUAUGGUCAAGGAGAUGAGCACAAAUGACCUGAACAAGUAUCUCGUCGAUGAGGAGAUGGAAUUGGACACGGGAAAACAGAGGAUUGUUGUUGAGAAGAGACUGGAGAGGCAGGCUCAUGAUAAGAGACAGAAUAUCAAGUAUUCCUCGAUGAUUGUGGAGUACAGUCUUUAUAUUCUUUGGUCUCAUAUCGACUUUUAUGCUACUAAUGCCUCGUCCAAGUACAGCCGGGCACAGGGGGGAUUGGAAGAUAAUCUUUCAGAAUUUCGAAUAUCAGCAGAUACAUUAUCAGAUCUGAAACAAGGUCUUGUGAGUGUCUUCAGCGACAGCUUCAUAGCACAAUUACUCGACACCCAACAUGAAUAUUCGAUAAUCGAGAGGAGCUUCAUCGAGGCUCUUAUUAGGAGGAUAAAAAGACUACUGCAGUUUAUUAUUAUCAAAUGAGGUAAAAGUGGUUUCUACGAGAUUGUAAUUCUAAUAAUUGUAAUAACUGCCAUCGUGUGAGGUAUUUUUUAUUGAUAAAUAAAUAAUUCAGUGAUCCAUUCA